AUGAGCAGGGCGCUCUUCCGCAGCUCCCUCCCGGAGCUCGGGAGCUUCAGCGCAGCCCGUCUCCGACCUACCGCCGCCGUGCUCCCAUUCUCUUGGGCCACCCGCUCGUUCAACAGCACCGCUCCCAUCGUCGAGCCCGUCUCCUCCGUGAACAACAACGCCCCCAACCCGACGUCCAGCCAGGUCCGCCCCCUCGCCCUCAAGAAGAGCCACCCAGCCGCUCCCCCCGCCCCCAUCGCCGACUCCGUCAGGAACCUCCUCCCCUUCCUCGCCGCCCAGCCGGGCCACUACAUCACCGUCCACAUCCACGGCUUCCCCUACCUCGUCCAGGAGGGCGACCAGAUCCGCCUCCCCUUCCGCAUGCCCGGCGUCCUCCCGGGCGACGUCCUCCGCCUCAACCGUGCCAGCGUCAUCGGCAGCCGCGACUACACCAUGAAGGGUAGCCCCCACAUCGACGAGAGGGUCUUCGAGUGCCGCGCCACCGUCCUGGGCGUCGAGUCGGAGCCCCUGCGCAUCAAGAUCAAGAAGAAGAGGAGGCAGAGGCGCAAGAGGCAGGCCAAGAGCAAGCACAGGUACACCAUCCUGAGGGUGUCGGAGCUGAACAUCAAGAACCUGGAGGAGGCGGCGACGGAAUGA